UCAAAGUUGUCUCGCGGUCCGUAUUCAAAACGCUAAGUUGACCGUUUAACAGUGAUCCUGCUGUAGGUUUUUGGCUGUAACAACAGACAAAGAAGGCUUCUAAGUGGCAUCUAGUUGUCCUAAAUUCCAUAAUGGCAGAGGGAGGAGAUGUGGAAUGGGAGCUAAGCAAAGAAAACAUCCAGCCGCUGCGGCGCGGCAGAGCCAUAUCAGCCUUACACCAAGCGCUCAGUCAACAGCAGGAUGGACCCAACUCUGUCAUCAACCAGCAGAGACAGGCCUUUGAAUCAGAACUGAGAAUAUAUGAUGGAGACGAUCCACUUGAUGUUUGGGAUCGGUAUAUAAAGUGGACAGAGCAAACCUUCCCUCAGGGAGGAAAGGAGAGCAACCUCAUCACACUGCUGGAACAGGUUGUGACCAGAUUCACAGAAGAAAAGAAAUAUCACAACGAUCCUCGCUAUGUUGACCUCUGGAUAAAAUUUGCAGAGAAUUGCCCGGAGCCCUUGGACAUUUACAGGUACAUGCAAACGCAGGGGAUAGGAGUGACACAGGCAUCCUUCUACAUUGCUUGGUCUGAUGAGUAUGAGAAUCAAGGCAACUGUCUUAAAGCAGACCUGGUCUACCAAGAAGGACUCAAGAAGUGUGCUGAGCCUUGUGAUAAGCUCCUGCAAUUUCACAAGGCUCUGCAGGCACGUGUGUCUCGACAGGUGAUGAUGAAUGUGGAGGAGGAUGAUAGCGAUGACGAGCACAAACAACCUGAGAGAGUUUCUCUAGCCAACCUCAAACACAGAGGAAAGAAAAAGGCCAUCGUCCCUGUCAACAGAACUGGGGCUGCAAUCAAAAGUGUUUCUGGAGGCCUGCCAUCACGCGGUGCCCCUGUACAUGGCAGUACUUCAAACAGUCGUUUACUAAUCUUUGAUGAGAACAAGACUCAAAGUGCUGGUCCAUCAGAGCCCAAGUUGGAGGUGUGGAUGGCUCCUCCCACCUCCAGAACAAAGGAGAAUGAGCAGAGAUCUGAAAAAUGGUGUGAUGUGAAGGUGCCCCUGAAGUCUAAAUUUGGACACACUGUUAUGGCUCCACCACCUGUCAAACCCACUUUCCAACCAUUUGUUGAGUCAGACCAGCCUCCAACAAUGACUCCAUGUAAGAUCAACCCAACAGUGAACACAGUUUUGACAGCACGUAAGCCCUGCAGAGAAGAGACCCCUCUAAAAAGACUACAGGAGCACCAUCAGCAGCAGAAGGAGACAGAAUCAGGAAAACCACAAGAGCAGAGCAUGUACUGUAAAGAGCUGCUGCUCAGUGGCGCCACUGAAUUCUGCUUUGAAGAACUGCGUGCUGAACGCUACUUCAAAAAGCUAGUACAUGAAUCUCAGGAGGAGGUUAAAGAUCAAAAGGAUCAGGCUAGUGCCAGUGUUUCAAACUGAUCAUCUAAAAAGAUAAAUAGUUUGAUGGUUCUUUUUAAUGAAUUUUUACCUUCAUUUUCACAAGAGUGUCAUGUAGUUACUUUCAUGUGUUUUAGUGUAAUUCUUCUCUAAAUAUUUUUGUUCACAGAGGUCCAACUACUCAAAGAUUUUUAGAUGUCAUUUUAACCAAAGAUGGUGUUUUAGUUGCGUUAAGUCAUUAAAAAUUCAAAGGGAGGGCCGAGUAAUGUAAAGGCAGAAAUACUCCCCCUAGUUAUUCCUAAUUUCACUCUUAAUAAUUCAUUUAUCAGUUUUUCUCAGUUGUAUUGUUAAGAACGGUGGUUUUUGUCUGUGCUGUUUUUUCUUGUUUUAUUUUGAGCAGAUUUUUCUGUACAAUUCCAACAUAGUUGGAGGAGGCCUUCAGCAACUGGGCUGAGUAAUAGGUCAAUUGAAGACUGUAUGUCAUUGAUGUUCAGUAAAGUUUUUAAAAUGUC